GUUUUGAACUUUAUGUGAUAUCACCUUCAUCUUUUUGUUUACGAUAUUGUUUGUUUUUGCUAGUGACAAUUGAUACCCACUUUUUUUUUUGUUUCCUUUAGUGAUUUUGAGAGUUUUUUUUAUGAGGUUUUGGUUGAUUGUGAGUUGGGCUGUUAAGCUUCUUCUUUUUUUGUGUUGUGGGGUUACUUUGAAUGUUUUGGUAAUGGUGUUUUUAUGUUGCUAACAAUUUUUCUGUGUGUUUUGGUUCAUCUUUAGUGGUAAUUCAAUUGGUUGGGGUGGUUGGUAUUGGCGUUUUUCUUUUUAUGGUGGAAGUAUGGUUUUGAUGUGUUGAACCUGAUGAUUAUCUCUACCAAAGGGCUGUUAAGCUUCUUCUUUUUUUGGUUGAUUGUGAGUUGGGCUGUUAAGCUUCUUCUAUUUUUGUGUUGUGGGGUUACUUUGAAUGUUUUGGUAAUGGUGUUUUUAUGUUGCUAACAAUUUUUCUGUGUGUUUUGGUUCAUCUUUAGUGGUAAUUCAAUUGGAUUGGGGUGGUUGGUAUUGGCGUUUUUCUUUUUAUGGUGGAAGUAUGGUUUUGAUGUGUUGAACCUGAUGAAUAUCUCUACCAAAGGAUGGAGUUUUCAUGGUUUAAGAUACAGUGGUAGUUUACUACAGAAAACAGCUUCUAGGGUGUCUGUACGGAUGCUAUUAGGUUUUGAUAUAAAUCUAAGUUUACUACAGAAAACAGCUUCUAGGGUGUCUGUACAGGAUGGUUUCUAUGUUUUUGUUGCUCUUUUUUUCAUAGUUUUCGCAGAUAAUUUCUUUCUCAAGCGUUUACGCAAUGCAAGAUUAUCUUCUGAAAAGAAUUUCCCUUCUUAAGUCCUUAUGCUAUUUCAUAUGGCUUGCAACACCUGUUGAAUUAAAUUGAUGAGAUCCUGAGACUGGCUGUUUCCAUUCCAACCUCGUCUCACUGAACUAACUUCCUUCUUGAUGUCCUUUAGUAAUGGAAAGUGGGCUUUAUAAUUUUUGAAAUGUUGUGGGCUAAAAAGCUUCUGUGACCAGAAUUAAUUUCACCAUUUUGGAUUUAAUGUGCCAGAAUCCAAUUUCACUGCUAGCUUGUCUUCUAUUGUUUCCAUAAUGGGAAACGUUUAAAUUUGUAACUAGUGUUUGUGUUACUGGCACUGGUUUCAUUCACUUCCUUUGUUCAUCAGUGUUUAGUUGUAAGUCAGCUGAGUAACUUCAGGGUUUCUGAGGCUAUGUCCUCAUCUUUUCCAGUUCUUCCUACUGCUGUUGAAGAAAAGCAUCCCAAUUUGCUUUGUUCUUUUCAGGUUUCUUUGGAAAGGGAAAUGAUGAGAAAUUCUGCAUCUCAGCAGGCAUCGUCAUUGAGUCCCGGUAACAGGAGUGUUGGGCCAUUGUUUUCAUCAUCUUCUAGAUUUUCCAAUGAUAUGCAUGUCUCUUCAGUUUCACCACAAGGAAGGCAAUCUCAUAAUUCUCCAUUCAUUUCUCAGUCGCUAAGGGACAGAGGAAAUUUUACACCAACCCAUGAUUCUCAUUCAGAAGUGCAAUCCACAGAAUUCAUUGCUUACUCUGAUGAAAAUAAGGAUCUCUCCUGGCCUGUUGAUCCACUUCAGGACUUGCUUGAUUUUGCUGGAAAUGUCCAUGUCCAAAAUGGUCAGGUGGAAAGCAGUGCAGGUGUCUUUGCAUCCGAGGAUCAUGCUAAGAGAACAGACUGGCAGGAGUGGGCAGAUCAGUUGAUCUCUGUUGAUGAUGAACUGGAACCAAAUUGGAGUGAAAUUCUGAAUGAUGUCAACAAGACAGAUUCCAGACAGAAGGAGUUGAAGCCAUCUCCUAAUAUCUCAGUGAAACAACCCCCAAUUCAUCAGCAUCAAACUGCUCAUAGUGGAGAAGUAUGUGCUGUUGCUAAUCCACUGUCCGCUGCACCCACAACAAAACCCCGAAUGCGCUGGACACCAGAACUUCAUGAGGCUUUUGUGGAAGCUGUCAAUCAGCUUGGGGGUAGUGAAAGAGCUACUCCGAAGGGUGUCUUAAAGCACAUGAAUGUUGAAGGCUUGACCAUCUAUCACGUUAAAAGCCACCUGCAGAAGUACAGAAGUGCUAGAUAUAAACCAGAGUCAUCUGAUGGAACUUCAGAGAAAAAAACGAGUCCCAUUGAAGAAAUGAAAUCUCUUGACUUGAAGACGAGUAUGGGGAUCACAGAAGCAUUGCGAUUGCAAAUGGAAGUUCAGAAGCGACUCCACGAACAACUUGAGAUCCAGAGAAAUUUACAAUUGAGGAUCGAGGAGCAGGGGAGGCAUCUUCAAGAGAUGUUUGAGAAACAAAGAAAGAUUGAGGAUGACAAGUCCAAGGCUCCUUCCUCCUCCCAAGACGACCCUUCCCCUCUACAAGCAAAGUUAGAGCAGUCAUCUGCAAAUUACAAAUUAGAAGCCUCAGAGUUGGACCUUGUCAAAACAAGUAAUGAGAGUGCUUUACUAGAAGAAAGUUCCCAGAGUAUAAGCAGAAAGCAAAAGGCACCAGAGGAAAGAAACGAUCAGGUCCUUGAUCAAAUUGAUGAGGAAUCCAGUCCAGCACCAAUAAAACGACCAAGAAGAGAUGAAACAGCUGAAUUGUCUACCGGGGCUGCAUCCAAUUGAACAUGUUUAUAACAAUAGACAGCUUGCUGCUCCUGGAGAUGAUGUGGUAAACCCUGAAUAAAAGUUUCGUGUCCCAUAAGAUGAGUCGCAAUCACUGAGGACCAGGAAAUUUUGGAACUUAAAACAUUUAUGUUAACUCUGCUCAUCUAGCCAAGAAUCAAAUGCUCCACAAUGAUUUCUCAACUUGUGACAUUUUUCAGUUUAGGGGAUUUACUGUAUAUGCUCGUGCUAUGGACUUUUAUUUUUAUGCUCAUGCAAUUGUAAUUAUCGAAAGAAUUUGUAGCUUACAAUCGAACAGUAAUUCAUGUAAACGGUGACCUUGUUGGUGCAUCAAUUCAAUAGAAGCUCUUGAUGGAGUUGGUUAUGGAACUGCUAAGAAAUUGCAGAAGACCAACUCCAUCAGGGGUUUUUUGUCUCUUUCAUAAA